AUGACUCCAGUUAUCCUCGUGUGCAUCACCCUUGUUCUUAUUGCAGGACAAGCAUCAUCAUUGCCAAAGGACGACAACAUCAAGUUCGUCCAAGGACAGGUUUUGCGAGCUGUUACAAAGACACCGGCCCAUCCAUUUCUAGUACGGACGAACAAAACCAGCGGGCUGGUGUACGAAGGUUAUCUGAAAGACGUGUUGAGCAGCCUGGCCAGGAUCCUCAAGUUCGAGUAUGAGAUCUACGAAUCUCCUGACGGCAAAUAUGGAGCUCCUGACCACAGGGGCGUGUGGAAUGGGAUGGUGGGGGAAGUGGCGUAUGGGCGAGCUAACCUGACGCUCGCACCGUUGACCAUCAGUUCGCUGAGAGAGAAGAUAGUGGACUUCACCAAGCCUUACCUGCACGUGGGGACAGACAUGAUGAUGAAAACACCGAGUGAAGAUGUGGACAUUUUCUCGUUCCUCAUGCCGUUUGAGCCGUUCCUGUGGCUCACCAUCCUGGGCGCCGUGCUCGGGAUCGCGCUGUUGCUGUUCCUCACCGCAAAAGCCAGGACCAUGGCGGGCGCCGUUGACAAGUCGUUCGACAAUGACUCUGCCUUCACCGGAUACAACAGUAUAUGGUUCGCGGUCUGGUCAGUGUUGAGGAAAGGAGGAGAGCCUGCUCCCCGGUCUAUCCCAGCCCGUAUCCUGGCAGCAGGUUUGUGGCUGUUUGCCCUGAUCGUGGUGUCCACCUACACCGCCAACCUGUCUGCCUUCCUCACGGUGAAGAGACUGGAGAGCCCCAUCAACUCCCUGGACUCCCUGGUCCACCACACCAAGACCAGGUUCGGCGUGCCAAGAGACACGUUCCUCUACAGUUUCUUCGAGUCCUACAAAGACGACACUGGAAACGUCUACAAGGAAGCCUGGGACAGGAUGGAGACGGACGACUCUUACUACAAGAACUUCGCAGAUGGAGUCUCCAAGACGAAGAAGGGCGAAUUCGUGAUGCUGGCGGAGACGCCGUUCCUGGAGUACGCGGUUCUGAACGAUGAGAAGUGCGAGCUGAUGCUGGUCGGGGCGCCAUUCCUGUUCCAGGGGUACGGGCUGGCCACUAGACGGGGGGACCCGCUCCGCAAGGCCCUGUCCAUCGGGUGA